UAGGUGCAUUCGUGAGUGACUGUUGUUAUGGUUGCUUGACCAGACAAAACAAUUUGAUGUACUGUUUUGUAUAUUUGUUGCAUUCAAAAGAAGUAUGGAGCUUUCCGGAGUUGUUCAAAACGAAUUGCGAAAUUUAACAAAACUGGAUAAUGCUACAAAGGUGAUCAACAAAGCCUUCGAGACAAUAGUGAAUCCUGCAAAAGAACCUAUCGCCGGAAGUGAGCAAUAUGCUUUAGCGACGGUACUAGUGUUGGCCUGCAAGUACGACUAUGAUGACCAACAGUUGCGUGAAUUACUCGAACGAUACAUCUUGAAUGUAGAUAUCGUCGAGAGAAUAGUGACAAAAUAUUCGCUAUUUCGUGAUACAUACACCCCAAAGAAUGCAGAAUACGGUAUAGCGCUGCCCCAUGUAACCGAUGCUAAUUGGACGCUCCGUUCUGAUUUAUCAUCCUCGAGUUAUUCCGUAUCGGCUGGAAAUCUCAGCUUUAGCAUCGAACUAGAGUCAUUCAACCGUGACAGAAAUGAAAAAGAGCCUGCCAUACGAUUCACAUGUACACCGGAAGAACUGCAAUUGUUUAUCAAUAAAUUGAAGGAUAUAGAAUUGAAUUGCGAUAAACUCGCAAAACAGUAAUAUCGAUAGAAUUUGCCAUCAAUUAAUGAUAAUAUUCACUCUUCCUGCGCACCUGUAUUAUUUUUACGAAAAUAGACAACCUGCUAUUACUGAUUUAAA